AUGCUAGGUUUUAGGCGCUCCGGCGAUCGGUUCCAAUGCGGCAAGGAUUCCUCCAUCCAGCAGCAGCUGCCGCGGUUGGGAUCCACCUCGAACGAAUGGACGCUGGCGAGCUCCGAUUCUCGCAGAAUGAAGAAGGUUCUCGUCUCCGGCUUGCCCGACUUUCUCGAUUCGGAGGGCCUGUUUUGCUUCUUCGAGCAGAAUUUCGGCCCGGUCUUGGAUGCUGUCGUGCUCCCAUUCCAUUCCGCCGAUGGCCAGCGAGGAAGAUUUGGCGUCGUCACAUUCAAGAACAAGAACGCGUUCCUCGAAGCUAUCCGGAUGAAGAGCGGCUACAUCUUUGGGAAGAAGGCGAUGAUCGACAUCGUGGAGGCUCGCGUUUCCAGGGACUUGCUGCCACCAGCUGACGAGAAUUCCAAGAGACAGUUUGGAGAAGACGCUCCUCCGGCAAGCCUCAUGCAUUCUCCUUCGCUUCCUCCCUGGGCUCAGAGGUUCCGGGACUGGCUGCCGGGUUUUCUAGCCGAGGUUUCCAAGCGUCUGGCGAAAGGCGAAGCUUAUCCUCUUUGCUCGCUGAAAGGCGACUUCCGGGCAACUUGUGGGCUGGAGAUGGAUCACGCGUCACUUGGUUUCGAGAAACUGAGAGACUUCAUCCGUGCGUGGCCAGAAAUCUGUGAGCCGAAGCUUGUGCCAGUGGGAUCGGGCCCAGCGACACACAUUGUUCUCGAGCGAGUGAUGCCAGACACAGCAACAGAGAUCCAGCAGCGGGAGCCGACUUUGGGAUUGGGACCACAGACACGCAGUGAGAGUGUGUUGCCAGCUACCGAGACUGUGAUCCAGCAGCCAGACCCGGGGCCGUCACAGCCACCUCAAGCUCCACCAAGCGACGUUGUCCAGGGAUCGUUACUCAGCCGCAACGUGCUCCAGGAUCUGUACAACGAGAACAUCCCGACACUCCGCCGCAACGUGCUUCAGGAUCUGCACAACGUGGAGAACGUCCCACCACCACCACCCAGCACCGGUACGAUGCGCAACGUCUUUGACAACGUCGAGCACAACACUCUACCACCGAGCACCGGUGUACUGUGCAACAUUUGCAAGGAGGAAGCGCUGUGGUCCGGCAUUCCGUGCAGGCAUCUUGUGCUCUGUGACUCCUGCAAGAAGUGCCUCGACAAGUGUGGUCAGACCCGGGGGAUGUUUUGCCCCGUGUGCCAUGAUCCGGUCGAAAGCAUGGACAUGCUGCGAUCGGCUGGCAAAGUGCCGAAGAUGAUACGUGAGGACGACGCUCCGGCAAGCCUCGAGGGACUUGAAUUCGAGAAAUUGAGUGCCUUCAUCCGUGCUUGGCCAAAGUCGCAGCUUGUGCCAGUGGGACCGGGACCAGCGAAUCACAGCGCUCUCGAUCGUGUGCUCCCAGAGACAGCACCGAAGAUCCACCAGCCUGAGACUCCAGCUCCGCCGGCCUACAUGCUCCGCCGCCAGUCCGCAUAGAGUGCUUCCACCAUCUCUCGCCGAAGGCCCGGUACUCUUUUGGUUUUCUGCUUUGUUGAUACUUUCGAUCGAUUUUGCUGUACAGAGUUAGAGCUAGUCGAGACAAUUUCGUUUCUGACGAGGAAGUGUACAUUCAUAUUCGUGGUCCAUGAAAGUGUUCUUUUCCGCAAGAACUCAAGUCUCGAUCUUCAUAAAGGUAGUUUGGUCUC